CGCCGGAUAAUGAAGAUGGCCGCCAUCAUGGUCUAACAGUGAGCCUCGUUUUUGUGUAAGGUUGGCUAAAUUUAUUUUUUAAAAAUGUCAGACGUAGUUUAUGAAUAUUUAAGAUAACGUAUGUGACUGUGAAAGACUAUAAAACGUUUUUACAAAUGCCAAUGUUAUUAGAGGUGAGUGUUGCUGACUAACGGCUGAAAUUCCCGCUCAAGCAACGACGAAGUGAUCUGUGUGUUGAGACCGACACGCGCCCAAUCGAGGUCUUACUGUCGUUAAACGUUGGAUAAUCGUGGAACUUUUGUAUCAAUCAAUACUAAAAGUGUAAAUUUUUCAAUGGAAAUUUUUAAGCAUCAAAUGUAAAUUACUUCACAUCAGAUGCUCAUAUUCUUUUCUCUGAUUUAUGGCUUAACACAGUCAUCGCGGGCAUUUCGAGAUUUUAGCAUUUUAAUAGUAGACAAAGCUAAAAAGUGAUGCCUGCUGUGAGCGUUUGUGAUCCGGUCGCGGCAGCACUCCGACACUCUUUAGAGGUCGGUCAAACAAAGUCCUCAGAGGAUAUUUCAAUCGCUUUAACCAGUGGGGUAUCCAGAAUUUUAGAUACAGAAAUUCAAUAUGAAGAAGCUGAAGGAUAUCAAUCAACGGUUUUGGAUCAUCUUAAAGCAAAAUAUAUUGUACUAAGCCUUCCCAAUUCUGAUCAGUCUGAAAACGGGAAGGCUAAAGAAACUGGAGUUUGUAGAAAAAAAUUAGACAACUCCAAAAUGACUGGUCCUACUUUACCCGAGCCAAAAGUCACACUUUAUCCAGCACACAAAGUUACCCUAGGAUGGAAGGGUACAUUUCCAGUUGGUGCUGGUAUGUUCAAUGUUGGAAAUACAUGUUACCUCAACAGUACCCUCCAGGCACUCUUUCAUGUACCGGCUCUUGUUAAUUGGUUAUUAUCUGACACUCACCACAACACUAAAUGUGAACAAAACGGAGGAGGAGAGUGCCUUACGUGUGCAAUGGCAAAAACUCUUCAGUUCAGUCACGAAAAAUCUGGAAAUGCAAUUAAACCGUUUUAUAUUUAUAACAAACUUAAAUCGAUAUGUAGAACAAUGGUACCAGGUCAACAAGAAGAUGCUCAUGAAUUUUUACGUUAUUUACUUGAGGGUAUGGAACGUGCUUAUUUAUAUCGUCAUAAAGCAACAAAGUUAGAUAAUUAUUCAAAAGAAACAACCCCAAUUAAUCAAAUAUUUGGCGGCUAUAUUCGCACAGAAGUUAAGUGUCUUCAAUGUCGUCACGUUUCGACAACAUUUCAACACUUUCAGGAUCUUUUAGUAGAUAUUCGUAAAGCUGGUUCAUUAGAUGAAGCACUAACAGCUUAUUUUAGUCGAGAACAAUUGGAUAAUAAUGAUUAUAAAUGUGAAGCAUGCAAAAGAAGAGUUCCAGCAACAAAGCAGUUUAGUUUGGAAAGACCACCGAAAGUUCUUUGCGUCCAACUGAAACGCUUUAGUGUUCUGGGAAGUAAAAUUUCUCGUCAUAUAGGUUUUAAACAAAAUGUUGACAUGGGACCGUAUCUUUGGAGAGAACCUGGUGAAUCUCCAAGGAAGCUCAAUUACAAACUGAUGUCAAUAGUAACACAUAUGGGACCAUCAGUGAAUUGUGGUCAUUAUACAGCUGUUGCUCAGGUCUCAUCAGGUCAAUAUUACUCAUUUGACGACUCGUGUGUCCGCCCGAUCAAUCUUUCUAGUGUAUUGAGUACCAAUGCUUACAUAAUGAUCUUCGAGAUGGAGCCCCAAUCUCAAAAUCAACUGCCAAGUCCUCAAGUAACUAAGCUAAAUGGACUAACUAGCGUUAAGACACUUUCAAAUGGAUCGUUAAAACCAGCGAGUCCAAAGCCUUCAACUUCAGGGCUUCUUACCUCAAACGGAGUAUGUAAUGGUUCAUCGAAAAAUCAUGAUACUGAUUCUACGCUUAUUGGUCCACAAUUACCUCGAUCUAAAUCUCCGAAUAGUCCUCAAACAGCCCAGAAGACUUCAGGUUUUAUCGGACCUCAACUACCAUCUAAAAUAAUGGAAAAAAGUCAACCUAGGCUUGUCAUGCAUAUAAAAAAUAGUAAAGUUUUAAGUGGAAAUAGUUUGGUACCUUAUGAAGGUUCAAGCGAUGAAGAAGAAAAUUCAUCAAACUCUAAAAAUAAUGUUAAUCUAAAUUCUUCCAAUUCGACGAAAUCAACAUCAACAGUACCUAAUGGCAUUUUAAAAUCUUCUAAAGAAUCAACAGAAACUACGAAAGCUCCUGUAGUUACAAAGUCAGAAAUCAAAUCUGUUAAGCCGGUAAAUCAAAUACAAACUCAAAAAUCUCCAAGUCCUAGUCUCACUCAAAAUGGAUCAUCCAAUAGUCCAAGUCAAAAACAUCAAAAUGGAAAGUCAGAAAGCAGUAGUAAAUCUGAUAGUAAAGAAACUAAUGGUAAAGAUAAAUGGUAUUAUCCUAUUAAAGUAAAAACUAGUAAUUCCGAGGAUAAAGUUUCUACAAAAGCUACUAGUAGUAUGAAUGGUUGGGAAGUGUCAAAAGAUGUUCCUUCACCAACUUCUGCAGCUACUCCAAAUGGAUGGUCCGUAACAGACAACAAGGAAGAGAAAAAAUUCAAUCACAUAAAUUCAAGCUCAACACCAAGUGCAGCAGCACCACGUAAUUUCAAUGGAACAAAUCGCUCUGACACGGUGUCGCAACUUUUCAAGAUGUCUCAUCGAGGCUAUGGAACGUCUUCGGUUACUAACUGGAAUGGAAGCAGAGCACACCUGGAUCGUGAGGUAGAUGAUGAAAGAAGGAAGGAACGUAAACGUCACUUUAAUCCUGAAGAUGAAGAAAUGGAUCGAGGUAGAAUAAAGAAAAUUAAAAAUCAUCGAAACUACGGAGGACGUUCAAAUCCUGGAUAUAAUUCCUUCCAGGAAUAUCAAAAUGGAAAAUCUUGGAGUCGAUCUAGAGGAAAACAUCAUCGACGAUACGAUAAUACGAGCAACGGCCGAUCACGUCAUUUAAAUUAUAAACAAUACCGAUACUACAAUCAUCGUGAUGAUUGGUAUCAUAGGUAGGAAGUAAUAGUAAAUAAACGAAAAAAAAAUUCAACAAAAUGAAGAUUAAAUGGCCACGAGGCGUUAAGCAAUAUUGUUGCUAAUAAUUAUAAUACAAGCAAAUUUUCGUUGCAUUUUUUCAAGCAUUAGAUAUACUUCUAGUGAUUAAAAACAACUAAUGAGAGAGAAUAAGAUAAUAGGGGAAAGAGUUCCAUAUGUUAUUAAUGUUAUUGAUAAUUAUUAAUUACCAAUUUUUACUAUUACAAUUAUUAUUACAAAUUAUUAUUAUUAUUAUUAUUAUUAAUAUUAAUAUUGUGGUUAUGCUUAUUAUAGUAGUUACUAUUACUCUUUACAUAUAAUAAUUAUUUUUUCUUUUAUCUGCGGUUAUUUUUUUAAUGUAUUUAUGUAUAAGCAUAAUUUUCCUCCGUCAUAAUUAUAUAUAUACAUAUAUUUAUUGGUUUACUUUUUCAAUUAAAAACACUUGAUAUGUAAUACAUAUUCAAUAAAAUUCCAAUAUCGAAGUUUUUAUAUUUUACGCGAUGAUGAACGUCGAUUUCCGUCCUUCGUUCAAUCCUUUUUCCUCAAUUACAAAACUAAUGAUAUGGAAACUCAUUCCCCUUAAUCAAUCAAUAUACAUAUAUAUAUAUAUAAAUAAUUAAAUUCUUAUACACAAGAACUGAGCUAAUCGCAUAGAAAAAUUUAAUUUCACUAGAAAAUAUUUAACAUAAUUGUUAUUUUUUCAUUAAGAAUAAUAGUAUAAAUUAUCAUUAACAUGAUGAAAUUUUAAAAUAUUUUUUGCCUUUUUUGUGAACAACUGUUACGCGAACAUACACAUAUAUUUAUAAGUUAUUUAAUUACAUAUAUUGUACACGUAAACAAAAAAGAGUAAAAACAUUAAAAAGAGCAAAAAAUAAUAUUCUUAAAUAUACGGUAAUUGUAAAUUACAAAAAUUAUAAGUAGUUAUCUAAUCUAAUUAUCAAGUAUUUCUAUUAAAUAUCUCGAAAUCCACAAAAUAAUGAGAAAAAAGCGUAAUUAAACACACGAGAAAAAUGUUAUAAUUUUUUUUUUUUUUUUUAUUUUAUUUUAGUUAGUACUAAAAUAUAAAUAAAUAUUAUCAUUAAUUGAGUAAAUUUAGAAUAUCCUCAAGAGAUCGUAUACUUGUAAGAUUUGUCCUCAUAUUUCCCAUCCUCGCGCCUUUUUACAAUCAUUUUUAAUGCGAGGAAUAGUAAUAAGAAAGAUGAUGAUAUUACCUCGUUUUAAUAAUAAUCAUGCAAACAAAUACUAGCCAAAUAAAAAUGUGGAAAUAAUAAAAUAUAGAAUAACAACUGUAAACAAUUAGAAAUUAUAAGAUUUAUUAAAUGCAAAGUCAUCAAUUGGUUCGCUGAAGCAUCUUAUAUUUAAUGACAUUUAUACAUAUAUCUGAUAAUUAUUAAUUAUUUAAUGCAAAUAUUAAUUGGCAAUUUUUGAAUGAAAUUAAAAAGAAAGA